UAGAUGUUUCGCACAAGGAGAAAGAUCGUCUGGGAGACGUGGAGGGAGGAAGUUAGAUCCGUACGCGGUCGGUGUAGAAGGUUGUUUUAUACUCUGUCAUCGUCGGAGCGACAGCGUUAAGGUGUGGGAAUACGUCGACAUUGUUAUGUAAAGAAAUGGCAGGAGGUAAAUCGACCGUUCACGUCGUGCAACUCAAACCCAUCGUCGUACCAAAAUCUCUACAAGAAGGCAACAAAUUCGUAAAAUGGGACGACGAGUCAACCGUUGGUAUACCGGUAACGUUAAAAGUGGAUAAGAAAGGGUUUUUUCUCUACUGGACGGACCAAAAUAAGGACACGGAAUGUUUAAAGAUAUCCAACAUAAGAGACACCAGAACGGGAAAAUACGCAAAAAUACCGAGAGACGGGAAACUGAGAGACUCGGUGACGAUGGGAGCCGCCGACGUUCCGCUCGAAGAAAAGACCGUGACCGUCGUCUACGGUUCCGAUCUGGUCAAUCUGUUCUACGUCAACUUCUGUUGCAACCGUCGGGAGAUGGCCGAACUUUGGGCGGACGAAUUAUUGAAAAUGGCAUACAAUCUUCUAGCCAUGAAUGCCUCUGCCGUGACGUUUUUGGAGAAGGCUUAUACAGAAUUACAUCUGACGACGGAUAAAGAUUUUAAGUUGCCUGUUAAAAAUAUUGUUAGGAUGUUUGCUCAACACAAAGAUGACAAGAAACGUGUAGAAAAGGCUCUCGAAGCAUGUAAUCUUCCUACGGGAAAGAAUGAUGGAAUCUCUUCGGAAAAAUUUACUUUCGACGUAUUCUUCAAUUUUUAUCGGCAUCUCGUCGGCAGGGAAGAGGUGGAUAACAUUUUCGAAAGCUUGUGCGGAGGGAAUAAGAAAAAGGGCAUGACGGCCGAACAGCUGGUGAAUUUCCUAAAUAAAGAACAACGAGACCCUCGACUAAACGAGAUUUUAUAUCCUUAUUGCAAUCUUGCGCACGGUGCGGAGAUUAUUAAACAAUAUGAAAGUAAAAACUAUGCACAAAAAGGACUUCUAUCGGCGGAUGGAUUUCUAAAAUAUUUAAUGAGCGAUGAUAAUGCCAUAGUGGCACCGGAAAAAUUUGAUUUAAAUCAGGAUAUGGAUCAUCCUCUUAGUCAUUAUUUUAUCAAUUCCUCGCAUAAUACUUACCUAACAGGGCAUCAGUUGACGGGGCGGUCUUCGGUAGAGAUGUAUCGACAAUGUCUGUUGGCCGGAUGUCGAUGCGUGGAAUUGGACUGUUGGAAUGGUCGCAACUCGGAUGAAGAACCCAUCAUCACUCACGGCUACACGGUCGUAACCGAAAUUCUGUUGAAAGAAGUAUUAGAGGCAAUUGCAGAUAGCGCUUUCAAAACAUCUGCUUAUCCAGUCAUCUUGUCAUUUGAAAACCAUUGCUCACAAAAACAGCAGGCCAAAAUGGCAAUGUACUGUUCAAAAAUAUUUGGAGAUAUGCUACUGAUGGAGCCACUGUCGACGCAUCAGCUGAAGCCAAAUCAGUCUUUGCCUUCUCCUAACCAAUUGAUUAGAAAAAUUAUUAUAAAAAACAAGAGAAAACAUUAUCCGAGAGCAUCUAAACCGGUAGAUGCCAAUGUCAACAAAGAAGACCAACCUACACCAUUGCCCCAGACGGCAGAGAGACUAAAUUCCGUUACAUCGGUUGGUUCAUUGACAAGCAAUACGGAAGAGAGUCAGAUCGAUCCGGGAGGAGGAGGAAUGGGAGAUGCUGUGGUGAAUGGCAUAGAUGCUUCUCUGUCAGUGAAGAGUCCGGGUAUUGGUUGCGACGUCGAAGAGAGCGACACAGAGUCCGGAUCCGAAGACGAGGAUUCACAGGACAGACAGACGGAAGAUCAAAAUGAAGGUACGGCCGCCAAAGAAUCCGAAGCCGGAGCCGAGAUGUCCGCCCUCGUCAAUUACAUUCAGCCAGUUCGGUUUCAUUCGUUUGAAUAUGCCGAAAGAAGAAAUAGAAGCUAUGAAAUAUCUUCCUUUGUUGAAACACAAGCCACAAAUUUAUUAAAAGAAAGACCUAUAGAAUUUGUCAAUUACAAUAAACGACAGUUAAGCAGAAUAUAUCCUCGGGGAACAAGAGUAGAUUCCAGUAAUUACAUGCCUCAGGUAUUUUGGAAUGCAGGUUGUCAACUUACGGCUCUUAACUUUCAGACGUUAGAUCUUGGUAUGCAAUUAAAUUUGGGUAUUUUUGAAUACAAUGGACGCAGCGGUUAUUUACUAAAACCGGAUUUUAUGAGAAGAAAUGAUCGAAAAUUCGAUCCGUUUACUGAAUCGACCGUCGACGGAAUUAUUGCAGGGACGGUAACUGUUAAAGUAAUUUCAGGACAGUUUCUGUCAGAUAAAAGAGUGGGAACGUAUGUCGAAGUUGACAUGUACGGUCUUCCUGCCGACACCGUUAGAAGACGUUUUCGAACGAAGACAAUUCCAGCAAAUGGAAUAAAUCCAUUUUAUGAUGAAGAGCCAUUUGUUUUUAAAAAAGUAGUGCUACCGGAUUUAGCUUGUUUAAGAUUUUCUGUUUACGAUGACGGCAAUAAAUUUAUUGGCCAUAGAGUUCUGCCUGUAGUCGGUCUACGUCCAGGUUAUCGACACAUUUCUCUAAGAAACGAAUCAGGCCAGCCUCUCACUCUUCCGACCAUAUUUGUCUACAUCACUGUUAAAGAUUACAUUCCGGAUGGUCUGUCAGAACUGGCGGAUGCUUUGGCGAAUCCCAUUGCCUAUCAGUCUAUGGUGGAAAAGCACGCCUCGCAGUUGAUGGCCUUGACCGACGAUGAUGAUGAAAGUUCGGUUGACCCAAAGCCGCGAAAGUCCAUUGCUUUUGAUGCUGGAGGUUCCAUCGACAAGAGUCGUGCCAGCAUUAGCAGAGAGGAGCCGAUCGACCUGGUCGGAACGGCGGGCAGGCACUCUUCCAUGAAUGGCGGCACCCAGAGACCAAGCGUGACCGGAAACUCUUCACCCGUGUCUCCUGCGCAAAAACCGUCUGAUCUUCACGGCACCAGUAAGUUUGAAUUUAUUUAUACUAUAUGUUUAAAGAAUGUUUGCAAAAAAUUUCUGCAUUAGAAACCCAAAUUUGUUUAACUUUGUUGUCUGUUUAUUAUUGUAUUAUUAAUGAGGUGUUUUCAUUUAAGGUACAUUUCACAUACAAGUAACCCCCGUAUAACACGGGAGUUACGUUCCAGAAAAUUGCCAUGUUAUGCGAAUCCAUGUUAUACAAAACAAAGAACUAGUGCAA